CGGCUGAUUCGAAAACCCGGCGCGCGCGCUCCUGCUUCUGCCCUGGCUGCGGCCCAACCCACUCCAACGGGCGUUUCCAACCGCCGCCUCAGCGGCAGAGUUCGAAAUAGGGGCGUGGCCAGGGUCUAGCCAAUCAGGCGUCGAGCCCUUCCUUUCUCUUUCUCUCCCCUUCCCCCUCCCCUCGGGGAUGCGGGGGGCGAGGACGGGCUUGAAGGGAAAAGGCGGGAAAAGGGGACUGAGGAGAGACUUUGAGUGGGGAUAGGGACAGAUCAAUCUUCACCCCGAGGCAGGUGAGAAGACAGCAGGAUGAGGAGGGUGAGCUUGAGUCCGCCGGAGCGCUCGGAGAACAACGUGGUCCACUUCCUGAAGCAACCUCGGACCAUUGCUAGGAUCCUAGCUGGGCUCUUCUCGCUUAUCAUAUUUGCCUCCCUGGUGACCGACGGCUACCAGAAUUUGACAGCUUCAUCCCAGCUGCGCUGCGUGCUGAAUGACAAUAGGGUGGCCUGCGGCUAUGCCAUCACAGCCGGAGUCCUGGCCUUCCUGCAAUCCUUCCUCUUCCUGGCCUUCGAUGCUUACGACAACAUCAUCAUUAGCCACAAGGUCAAAUCUGUCAUUCUGAGUCUGGACCUGACCUUCUCCAUCAUCUGGUCGUGCAUAUGGUUCGUUGGCUUCUGUUUCCUGGCCAAUCAAUGGAACAGGUCUGCUCACCACUACCUGCUGGGAACCAGCUCAGCCCGCGCCAGCAUUUCCUUUGCUUUCUUCUCCAUCCCCUGCUGGGUAUACCUGGGCUACCGAGCCCUGAGGGGCCUGUGGGCUGAGCCCCCCAUUCCCUACAAAAAAUCCUUGGACGAAGGCGCUGUGGCCCUGACCACGCUCUCUUCUGUCACCACCACCUCCAUCUCCAACAGCAUGGAGUAUCAUAGCCCCACCGAAGGCAGAAGAGCCAGCUCCAUCCCCUUCCCGCAGACUCCAAGGGGAAACCGGCUCACUUUCCUGAAUGACAAUUAGAGAUCUAUUUUUUUCACCCUGCAGUAAAUAAA